AUGGAACUGAAUGGUCGGCCCAUCAACACUUCCCAAAACAUUUCCGCGGCCUGGAUCUGCGGGUCUGCGUGUUCUAUUACAGUCCUGUAUCUAGGCGGGAAUGCUCCGGGGCAACGGAAUGUCCCACCCGGCGGCUUGUUUCCUAUGUUUUCCUCCCCCUCGUUUGAAUGUGUCAAUACUAGCAGUGCGCCAAACGGCUCACGUGUAGUUGGGGUCGGCUCUCCCAGUACAAUACUGACAAGGAGGGACGGCAUUAUACCCUUGUCCUUGAUCAGUGGAUAUAAAAAGUCGGACGGCGGAGUUGUUUCUUGUAAGUGUGGGGGUUUUCCCCCCUAUUUUCUUGCUGUGUUUGCAUGUGUAUUUGGGGAGGCAAAGCUCGAAACGGGAAUACUGAAAAGAGAGGCCAUGGCGGGAUCCGGGGUUGGAAUAUUUGUUGUAUAUACCCACGCGAUGGCCAACGGGAGAGAGGCGACCGCCUCUGGUGCGCUUGAUGUGGUCCAUUGCUUUGUGAUGGGGGAAAGACAGAACAGGAAUUGCAACGGGAGAACCAAUGCGGCGGGUGCAGUGCAAUGGUCAAAAUGGAAUGAAAAUGACAGCCUAUCUGAGCAGAUGGAGGAAAUGAGCGAACAGGCGGCGAGGCCUCUCCCGGUCAGCCCGGAUUCUGCUAGGUAUCUACAGAUGAUUAUUUCCCUCCUAGAUGGAGCACUCAGGUCAAAAAAUCACAUCCACACUUCUCUGAGUUCUUUUCCUGGGUGA